AUUAAUGCAAUAUUGGUUACUGACUGGAGUUGGGGGUGGGUAGAAAUGGGUGAAGGUGGUUGGACACGAGGUUAGAAUAUUAACACCCAACCAAAUCUAAAAGCAAACCUCAUUGGUGUAAAGAUGCACUCAACCCCUUUUGGGCAAGAAAUACAAAUAUCUCCAUCCCUUUCCAAAAUCAUUUAGGCGUAAUUCACGAAUAAUUUGAAAUGAGAUUAUCAACAUACUGUAUAUAUGUUUAGUAAGACAUUAGCGAAAUUGUAUGCAGUAGUAGCCCGGCCUGUUUGGAGAUAGAACUCAAUCAUUGAAAAUUAUUAUAAAAACAUUUUGCAACAAAAUUCUGCAUUGCAAUUAUUUUUCUUCCACUCACUGUCGUUUUCGGUUUACGUGUUUAGCUACUAGCUCUCCUACAAAUCCGAGCCACCAAGAGGAACAAAAGUCUUGAGAGUGGCAUUCUUGGUAAAUAAGUGUUGGUGUGUCAAGCUAAUUUCGUAGCACCAAUCUUUGUCAACGUGUUAGCUGUAAUUAUCAGGAUUAAAAGCCCAAACCAAAAACCGACAAAUCGGCAAAUUAUUCUAAUAGAUUAAACACCUCUAUUCUCUUCUCUUUCCUUUCUUCCCCUCUCUCUCUCUCUCUCUCUCUCUCUCUCUCUCUCUCUCUCUCUCUGCUUGCUUAGCUCCCACACAUGUUCAUCAAUAUAAGAGACCAAUAGCUGCUUGCUAGGGUUUGGCUCUUCUUCUCCCUCAGUAUCAUCGAUCGCCCGUACGUACGUAGGGUAGGUGCAGUAAUUGUUUGUUUCCUUUUUGCAUCAUCGAUCAAUGGAGGAAAGCCUUCCUCCAGGUUUCAGAUUCCAUCCAACUGAUGAUGAGCUCGUCUCCUUCUAUCUCACUCACAAGAUCGCGGACACGAGCUUCACUUGCAAAGCCAUGGUUGAUGUUGAUCUCAACAAGAACGAACCUUGGGAUCUUCCUGGGAAAGCGUCGAUGGGAGAGAAGGAGUGGUACUUCUUCAGCUUAAGAGAUCGGAAGUACCCGACCGGGCUGCGAACCAACCGAGCAACGGAGGCUGGGUACUGGAAGACGACGGGGAAGGACAAGGAGAUCUUCUCUGCAACUGCAACCUCCGGGAUGAAGAAAACCCUCGUUUUCUACAAAGGCAGAGCUCCAAGAGGGGACAAGACCAACUGGGUUAUGCAUGAAUAUCGCCUCCAUAACAGACAUAGAUACAAAUCCGCCAAGGAAGAAUGGGUGGUUUGUAGGGUUUUCGAGAAGAGCUCAUCAUCAUCAGCCAAAAAACCACAACAGGCAUCAUCAUCCCAACAUGACUCCUUGGGCUCUCCCUGCCACGACACAAACAUCGAGUUCGGAGACAUUAUGGAUUUCUCCCAUCUAAACGGAAACGCCGCCUUCUCCUCAUCUAGCGGCGGCUACAACGACAUCAAUAUUCACCACAACAACAACCACAGCAAUAAUAAUAAUAAUGCUCUCCUACACAUGAGCGCCAUGAAUCAAGCUCCCUCGUUGCUCAGUUCACUCCUCCCCUGGCCCGCUAACUCUGCUUCCAACUUGCUCGGCGGCGCCUCCAACCUCGCCAUGAAUUCAUUGCUUCUCAAGGCAUUUCAGCUCACGAGUUACCAACAAAGAGAAGCCGCCGCCGCUGCCGAUUAUUCAAUGCUGAGCCAUCACCAUCACCAUCAACAACAGCAACAGCACCUUUGCGUUGGAGUUGGAGUUGAUCAGCAUGAUCAAUAUUUCCAAGGAUCUCCAUCUGCUUCUUCUAGGGUUUUAGAAACGGCCCCACAACAGCAGCAAGUUAUGCCACCACAGCCGGACGAGGAGCAACCAUUCAAUAAUAUGGACUCCGCCAUUAACUGGUGAUCAUCAGCAACUUGUUAAGUACAGAAGAGUACAGAAUCUAUAGCUGUAAAGUUUAUCCAAAGGACACAAUUACUAACCCACAAUGUACUUUAUGUGAUCAUGGUCUCUAGUCUAAACAAGGAAAAUGUAAUUUCAUAAUUAUAUCAGGGAUUACAUAUGGAUCUGGAUACGAUGUGUAGUUGAGUUUUAUUCAUGAUGUUGAAACAACUGUGAAAACACAUGUAUUUCUUUGUUUCUACCUUGUCACAAUAAUAUUGUUAUAUGUAA